GAGGAAGGCUGUGCUUCUCUGGUCUCAGCUCUGAGGUCAAACCCCUCACACCUGAGAGAGCUGGAUCUGAGUAACAAUGACCUGAAGGAUUCAGGAGUCAGACUGCUCUCUGCUGGACUGGGGAAUCCCCACUGUAAACUGGAGACUCUGAGGCUGUCAGGCUGUCUAGUCACAGAGGAAGGCUGUGCUUCUCUGGUCUCAGCUCUGAGGUCAAACCCCUCACACCUGAGAGAGCUGGAUCUGAGUAACAAUCACCCAGGAGACUCAGGAGUCAGACUGCUCUCUGCUGGACUGGAGGAUCCACACUGCAGACUGGAGAAACUCAAUGUGGAACAUGGUGGAGAGAACAGAAUGAAACCUGGACUUAGAAAAUAUGUCUGUGAUCUCACACUGGACCCAAACACAGUAAACAGACUCCUCUCUCUGUCUGAGGAGAACAGAAAGGUGACAUGUAGGAGAGAGAAGCAGCCGUAUCCUGAUCACCCAGAGAGAUUUGAGGACUGUAGACAGGUGCUGUGUAGAGAGGGUCUGACUGGGCGCUGUUACUGGGAGGUAGAGUGGAGUGGGAGAAGGGCUGGUAUAGGAGUGACAUAUAAAGGAAUCAGCAGGGGAGGAGGGGGUGAGGACUGUUGUCUUGGAGACAAUGACAAGUCCUGGAGUCUGUACUGCUAUGACAACAGUUACAGAGCCUGGCACAAUAGUAAUCCCACUACCAUAGACGUCCCCUCCUCCAGCUCCCACAGAGUAGGAGUGUAUCUGGACUGGCCAGCCGGCACUCUGUCCUUCUAUAGAGCCUCCUCUGACACACUGACCCACCUGAUCACAUUCACCUCCACAUUCACUGAGCCCCUCUAUCCAGGGUUUUGGGUUGAUUACAACUCCUCAGUGUUUAGGCUUUGGUGGGAAGGCGACUCAGUGUCCCUCUGUCAGUGAUACACACACACACAAACACUGGACACACACACACACUGGACACAGACACACACACACACACACUUACACACACACACUGGACACACACACACACACU